AUGGAUGGUAAACUUAGUACAGGGAAGAAGCUGAACGCAACGGUGAAGAGAGUUGCAGAGAUGGAACAUGAAUUGGAUCUGGUUCUUAGUUUGCUUCUAUCUUCGGUGACAACGAGAGAAUGUGGCUGUCCCAGUCAUCAUGUUUCAUUUGGUUACCAAGAUUGUCACUCUCAGUGUCCGAUCUUGAUUUACACGUUAGUUGGGGUGGACCUUCCUUCAAAAGUCUUUAUGAGCGAGUCACUAGUUAGGCUGAGGAUAGAAUAUCAAAAAGUUGAUGUGGAACAUGUUUUACUUCCAAAGCUUAAGACUCUCUAUCUUCGUUCAGUUUUGUUAGGAAAAGCUAGUGAUUACUUUAACAAGCUUAUAUCUGGUUGUCAUGUUCUAGAGGAAUUGUUUCUGAUUGAUGUCUACUCUGAUGACGAUAUGUUGAACCGCUCUAUGUCUUCUAAAAUGCUUAAGAGAUUGAAGCUAUAUUAUAGUAUUAUACGUAAUAAGGUUCUGAAUACUGUUUCAUUCGAUACACCUAAUCUUGUCUACUUGGAAUACUCUGAUUAUGUUGCGGACAAGUACCCGAAAGUGAAAUUUUGUUCGCUUGUUGAAGUUAGUCUCAAUAUUCGAAUGAGCUAUGGAGAUUUUGAUGCUAAUGCUACAGAGUUUCUUAUGGGAUUUAACAAUGUUCAGAUCCUUCACUUAUCUGACAACUCUGUUGAAGUACUUACUUAUUGGUGUGAACCAAUACCUGUAUUCAAGAGGCUGGUUUAUUUAACUAUAAGCACUCUCAGUCAUGGAAUAUGGGAAUCAUUCCCGGCUCUACUCAAGAACAGUCCGAAUCUAGAAACACUCGUCUUCGAGAUGCUUCCUAGAGUAGCUUCAGCUAAUUGCAACAUCCAAGUUAUUUCUAACAGCUGCGUAUCGUCUUCCUUUUUCCCAAGUGGACUCAUCUCUCUUCAGGAAGAUAUAAGAGAAUGUGUGGAGAAUGGGCAAGUGGAAGUCGAGCAUGUUCCCGAAAAUGAGCAAAAUGUGGAUAUCUUGACUCUUGAACUCAGACGAAACAAGUUUAAAGAAAUGAGGGAUCUCAUUGGCAUGAGAGUUUUGGAAGAAAAGGAGUUUAAGCUUAAGAGGGAGAAUGUUGACAUAAGCUUGAAGAUAGUUUGA